AUGGACAUCCAUUCUUCAUCAUUAUCGCUACUGAUAUCUUCUCCCCCACACUUGACAUCCCAACAAGCUGUUCCUAUCAUUACAGGUCUCUUUCUGAGAAGUUCAACAGUUGAGGAAGAAGGGGAGCUGCUUGAGCUCCAAAUUCACAUGUAAGAGGGAAAUAACUAUCAAAACACACACUCUAUGCUUCUUCAAGGCAAAAUUGAACCAAGUUGACACCAUAUAUGUUACUGGUUAUCUGAGAAUAUCUUUAAGCUUCUAAGGAUACAUUUAGAGUUUAAGCUUCCAAGAUCUCUCCUCUUAGACCCCAAAAACCUCAAUUGCUCCUUCGCCGACUCUUCCUCUCCGGCGGCGACAUACUACGUUUCUUUUUUUCUUUGUUUUUUUUUAUGAUGACCCAUAUAGAUUAGGGCAUUUCUUCGGCAACGAAGAGCUAGAAAAGCUCAAAGCCCUUGAGUCUCUCGUGUAUUUUCAGGGCCUGGAAUCUGCGAUGUGGGUUAGGGUCAUCAGACCAAAGAAGAUAUGAAUUACGGUUUUACUGAGUGAAUAUGUUGCAAUUCGAGGUUCUGUUGAUGUUCUUGGUGAAGCAGGAUUUGAUUGAGAGGAGAUGAGUGAUUCCGCAUUUUGUGACACUGGUGGGGUUUUACAGAGAGCGAGGAGGUGUUGAGGGAAGGGAGGUGGGGGCAGCGGGACAAUGCAGGUUUGCUUUGAUAAGAGGAGCAAAUGCUUCUCCUCCUACACCUCCGCCCGCCUCCCAAGAAUUCACCUUAUAUCUGUAACAUGAGUGUCAGAAAGCUGCUUGUUGGAUUCAAAUUAAGUGUUGUUCUUCCCUUUUUAAUUUGCAUUCGACCUUUUUAGGUUGUAAAGAUUUAUGGAUAAGACAUUAGAUGCUUUAACUUGUCGUAGCUUUCUUGUUAUGUCUAAGAUGUUUGUUAGACACUUCAUUUCCUUAAUUUCUUAAUCAUUCUUUAUUUAUGUGUUUAGUCAAUUCUCAUUGUAUCCUUUCCAAACUUUUAGGAGGACAUUGGUUGGCAUCUUCUUAAGGUAAGUGAGGAACUGAUAUUGAAUAAGAUGAUUUCCUCAGAAAAGAGUUACUUUUACUGUAGAAUGAUAGAUACUGCUCCAUUCAGCAUGUGCCUAAAGGCAGGAUAUGACAUUGUGAGGAACGAUGGUAUGUUGAGCCUAUUGAUACUGCAGAAGCGCAAGCACUUGAUGUGCAAAAAUUUCCUGUCUUUACUAGUUGUCAAGUUUCAGAUAUGCAAGACUCUGAUGAAGAACUUCCUCAUGAAGUGAUAAGUCCAAAUGAUAAUCUUUUGAGUGUCCCUUAUUUCUGAUUUAAGUUCCGGGAUGUAUCUCAAUCAGCAUGCAAUUGUCAACCAAUUGGGUGUAUUUCUUGCUACAAACUCAACCAACAGCCUGGUUUGUCCUCCUUGCUUCUAGUUUUCUGCAUGGGUUAACAUGGUAUGUUGCAGAAACUUAUAAGGUGACUCUACAUUGUUCGGAGAUGGACACAUAAAUGAACUGGUCUUGACGGUCAAGUAUGCGUACCAAUGUAUACUCAGGAUCAAAAUAGCCAAAUGUGCCAAGAGCUCCAGCAGUCACAUAAGUCUCCUCCUGGCCCUCCGGCAUCAACUUGGCUAGUCCAAAAUCAGAUAUCUGUUGAGAGCGGGAACCUGUGUUUUAGGUUCAGUGCUUUAUUAUAUUAAUGCUU